ACACAUAAGUGCACUGUGUAAUGCACAUACUUAUAACUGUUCAGUUAAAAAGGAAGCACAACUGUAUGGAGUCUGCUAUACAGAUAUGAACUCAUACUUAACCAACAACAAACACAAACAUUUUACUUAUCACAUAUCAGUGCCUACUUGACUUGACAUUCUAUAUAUUUUUAUGAAGAGGUCAAACUGGAAGAAGCAUGGAUUCAUGAAAGUAGACAGAGAAAUUUUAACUGAGUAACUGAGUCUGGAUCAGCCUACACACUCUGGCACAUUGCCAGUGCUUUUUAUGGCUCUUUAUGCAAAUGACGUUAGCAGUCGAUGUGGUUUUUGAAUGCCAAAAGUUUCAACAACUAGAUAUAACCAAAGUUAAGAGAACCUACCUAGUGAAGCAAAAACCUGUGAUAUAUCAUCAUCAUCUUGGAGCAAGAGUGAAUUCUGAACAUUGACUGAACUUUAAAGAAUUAGUAUGGGAUGUGUGAGCUCUAGGGAAAAGGGUGGUGGUGUGAAACAAAGGCAGAAUCCCCGACCCCCAGAAGUCAAAAGAUACAUCACUGACCCAACUCAGAAUUCAUCAUCACUGUUGCCUGGGCAGGUUCUGCAGAAUGUGGAUGCUGUAUCCACAGACAGCAAGAUGGUCAUUGCUAUAUUCUCAUAUGACGCCGAGAAUAAGAAUGAGCUAGCUUUCAAAAAAGGAGACAAACUUGUAAUAUUGGAUGAGAAUGGCGAGUGGUGGAAAGCAAAGUCACUUUCCUCAGGCAAAGUAGGAUUAAUACCUUCCAAUUACAUAAAGCUAGAAGAGAGCAUGGACAACAAAGACUGGUACUUUAAGAACAUCAGCAGAAUAACAGCUGAGAGAAACCUGCUGGCUCCUGCCAAUAAACCAGGUGCCUUCCUCAUACGCCAGAGUGAGACAACCGCAGGAAGUUACUCCAUGUCAGUGAGAGACGUGGGUCCUAAUCGCUCAGCUGUGGUAAAGCAUUAUAAGAUUCGUCUACUGGAAAAUGGAGGAUUUUACAUCUCUCCAAGAAUCACCUUCCAAACAAUAGAUGACCUCAUUGCGUACUAUCAGAAACAGGCCAAUGGUUUAUGUCAGCGAUUAGGCAAAGCCUGUGUGAAGCCUAAAAAUGCCGUCCAGUGGGAUGAAGAUGCUUGGGAAAUUCCCAAAGAAUCUCUUCAUAUGACGAAGAGGCUUGGAGCUGGUCAGUUUGGUGAGGUCUGGCUAGCAACGUAUAACAACACAACUAAAGUGGCAGUGAAGACCCUGAAGCCAGGCAGUAUGUCAGUUGAGGCAUUUCUGCAGGAGGCCAACUUGAUGAAAACUCUACGGCAUGAACGCCUUGUCCGCCUUUACGCCGUGGUCACCAAAUCACAGCCCCUCUACAUCAUCACUGAAUUCAUGUCUAAUGGGAGCUUGUUGGACUUUCUGAAAAGUCCACCAGGCAGAAAAAUACAGUUUCCUAAACUGGUCGACUUUGGAGCUCAAAUUGCAGAAGGCAUGGCAUACAUUGAAAAGAAGAACUACAUUCAUAGAGACUUGAGAGCUGCAAACGUCCUUGUCAGUGAGAGCCUGCUCUGUAAGAUUGCUGACUUUGGCCUGGCUAGGGUCAUUGAGGAGAAUGAAUAUUCAGCCAGAGAAGGUGCUAAAUUCCCCAUUAAGUGGACUGCACCAGAAGCUAUAAACUAUGGUUCAUUCACUAUCAAAUCAGAUAUGUGGUCAUUUGGCAUCCUUCUCUAUGAGAUCGUCACCUAUGGGAAACUCCCCUAUACAGGUCUAAGCAACAGUGAAGUGAUGGCACGAGUGCAGCGUGGCUAUCGCAUGCAGUGUCCUGAUAACUGCCCAUCUGAACUGUAUGAAAUCAUGACUUCAUGCUGGAAAGCCAAACCAGAGGAGCGGCCCACGUUUGACUUCAUGCAGAGUGUGCUGGAGGACUAUUACACAGCCACAGAGGGCCAGUACCAGAGCCAGCCAUGAUAACAUGCCAGAUUCAAAACAGUCAAGAACAUCAUAUAGAAUUUCAUUUUUUACAGCCACCCAGUAAGCUGGUUGAGUUCAACAUUGUCAAGGAUAUACUCCCUAGAAUUGCACAAAUAAUUAAGAAACCAUGAAACCUUGAAAAGCACAAGGAAAUAAGGAACUAAGGCUCAGCAGGUGGAGUCUGUCCUCCUCUGUGCUGAAGGAAAGCUGGUUGAUCUCAUUAAAUGCACCCAAUGCUCAUCAAUCAGCAAACAAAGAAGAAAAAUAGCUAAUUAUUUGGCUUUUUUCAGGUUUGUUAAUAAUUAACAUUAAAAUUUUUAUGAGAAUGCUAACAGUAGAUCAGUCCACCAACAGACAUUACUACCUGGAAAAACAUGAAAAUCUUCAAACCAAAGUGCUCAUAGCUCAGUCCAGGGUACAGAUGUGAUCCUUUUCCCCCUGCCACCACCAUCCCUUUUGGGGGGACCACUGAGACUUUAUUUAUUUUACUUCAUCCAUAUUUGUGGAUGUACUAUGCUUCAUAUUUAAGGGUUAGUAUGGGUGAGUGGUGGGUGUAGGACGUAACAGACAGGACAGUUGAGGAGACAAAACAAUAGACAAGACAGCGCAAUAUGCGAUAUUAAUGUUAUUUGUUUUCCAGUUUGCUAGUAUGGUUUUCUUGGCGAUGAAGAACUAUUGUGGUUUCCUUUGUGAUGCUGAUCCCAGCUGUAUCUCAGAGUAAGCAUAGUGAAGGGCAGAGUGGGGUGGUGCGAUUUAGAAAACAAGAUAUUUUCUUCGUGAUUUGUUUCCAGAAGUGCUUAACUGGUGUGCAGUCAGAUAUGGCAUAUAUGUAAUCAUCUGGUGUAUUUUGUGUGCACCGCAUACAGAUUUCGGAUUCCUUGAAGCCCAUUAUAUACUUCCUACAAGUAGUGAAUUCUAUGGAUUAUUUUGUAUUGUGUCAUGGGCAUACUAGUGUUAUUAGCUAUGUAGGACAUGUUCUGAAGGAUUUGUGUCCAAAAUUCUUCUCUGGGUGUGAUUGCAAAGCCUUUUUUUUUCUUUUUUUUUACAUGAUAUGGUAAUUUAGAGUUGUAGUUGGAUAUUAUUUUAUAUAUUUUGGUUAAGGUCUUCUGAUACUAAUGGGGGAAGUUCUAAUGUGUUGUCUUUUAGGUUAUUUAGAGCAUAUAAUGGAUGAGUUGUAGAAAUUCACAAAAAAUGUUUAUUUUCUAGUCCAUGCUUCUUGACUGGAUAUGGAAAUGAUGUAAAGCUGUUGUUUUGACAUGUGUUUAAGGUUCGUAAUGCCAUUUUUUCUAGCCAUAUUUCAAGUUUCUUAUCUUCUCUGUGUUUGCAAAGUCGGGGCUGUGCUAUAUGUGCGUGCGUUCAUUUAGUUGGAGUGGUGAAUUUAUAGUUUUAAGAUGUUAAAAUCGCUGCAAUUGUCGGGCUUUUGAAGCAGGGGUGGCGUUUGACUCAUCAGCUGUGCUGAUGAAGGGUAGAUCCAAGAUUCUGAUUUCUUUGCAUAGUGCCUGUUCAGCAUCUAGACACAGGUCAUUUGUCUGACUUGGUUUUAUACAUUUGAUUAUAUAUUUAUUUUUAGUGGUUAGUAAGGUAAUGUUGAACAUUUGGAGCAGCAAGUCCUCCAUGAUAUUUGGCUCUUUGUUAGGUAGUUAAUUUGAUUCUGGGAGGUUUGUUUUUCCAAUAAAAUUUGGUGAUACUGGAAUCAAGUGAUAUGAACCAGGAAGGGGGAGGUUGAGCAGGGACAAUUUAAAAUAAGUAAUUUAUUUUGGGUAGUAUCAUCAUUUUUAUGGAUGCUAUUCUUCCAAUGAGAGCGAGGGCGAGGUUUAUCCAGCAUUGGAGAUCAUUAUUUAUGAUGUGCAAUAAUGGGUUAAAGUUGAGUUUAUGCAGGUCUGACAGCUUGGUGGAGAGUUUGACACCAAGAUAAGUGAUGCAGUCAAUGCUUAUGGUUAUAGAUUGUACUGCAGUUUCGAGAAGAUUCAUGUUGAGAGGGAGCAUAGUGGAAUUGAGUAAUUGGAAAUUUUGGAAUACUUCACAAUUACGUAUUCAACCUGCAGGUUUUUGUAAGAAGAGUAAAAUGUUGUCAGCAUAUAAACUGAUUGUGUUCCAUGGUUGCUGUCUGGUUCGCAUUAAUGUUUACAUUUUGUGUUAUUGCUGCCGCUAAUGGUACAACACUUUAAAAUGUUGUAAUGUGAUCCAAUUUAAAACUACACUCACCAGCCACUUUAAUAGGAACACCAGUACCCCUCCCAAUUAUCCAAUCAGCCUAUCGUAUGGCACCAGUGCAAUGUACAAACUCAUGCAGAUACAGGUCAAAAGCUUCACUUAAUGUUUACAUUAAACUUGAUAAUGGGGGAAAACAUGAUCAUAUUGGCUUUGACCAUGGCCCGGUUGUUGGUGCUAGACAGGCUGGUCACAUCUUGGUUCCCGGUCAGACUUGACUAGGAAUCUCAGAAAAACUGAAUGGUUAUGAUUGGAAAAACAUUGCCAUGGUCUUUGACCAGUCUUCAACAAUCUUCCUCAUAUGACACAUUGUGCAUUCUGAGGUGCUUUUCUGCUCACCAUGGUUGUGUUACUGGAACCUUCCUGUCAGCUCAAACCAGCCUGCCCAUUCUCCUCUGAAGGCAUUUCUGCCUAAUAUACAGAUCCACCAGAUAAAAUGGCCAGUGAGUAUAGUCUGGAAAAGGAUUGCCCUCCAAAUGAUUUACUAUUAACUUCUGAAAAUAAACCCCUUUGUAAAUAGGUCUUAGCUCCGCUCUUAAAUGUAAGCAUAAGGUGCUUGUUGUACAGGGUGAUGUAAAAAAUUUUUUUUAUAAUAAUAAAAAGUUAAAACCAAAAUGUGUCAGUGGUGCACAAAUGGAGAUUGUUUGAAGGAAUAAUGUUACAUUUUAUAUUAUAGGUUUAUAGCAUUAUUGCAGGAUGUUAUACGAACCUUUCAAUGCUCAGAAUUUUAUGCCCAG